AUGUUUAAUUUUGAAAACAAAGAUCAUCAACAGACUAGCAAACCCUACCCUAAUUAAAAGAUGUCUAAUUGUCAAGACUACCCCCUGCAGACAUCUGCAUAAGUUAGUGAUUCACUCAAUUAUCCCUAUCCCAAUCAGAUGGCACAAUCCCCUGAGCCUCACUUGAUUAAAAAAUAUGCGAGUGAAGUGAGUCCAUAAUCGCAAGUCAUCAAUGAUUUCAAAACUCCUGUUAACCAGCAUAUCGUUAAUUCUAAUCAAUCUCCAUAUACAUAUCAUAAUCUGCCAAAGCAGCAAUCAAAACUAGCUUUUGAACUAGGGUCAUAAAAAAAUUCUCCGGAAUUAUGCGUCUAGGAAAAAUAAGAUGAGAUCAUGCUUUUAAAAUAGCAUUUAAAAGCGAAGUACCAACAUUAUUCAGAUAAACAAAUAGAAGAGAUAAUAUAAAAAUUCAUCAAUGAGUAUCUCAAAAAGAAUAACCUCAGUCUUGGCGAUAAUACAUAGCAAGAGACUCCAGAAGUUGAUGAUAACGAUUCAGACAGUUUAGAAGAAAAUAAUGAUUUCCCGGAUUAAGAUGCCGAAUAAAGUAGAGAUAGUCUAAGCACUAAUCUAGAUUGGAAUGAUAAAGGAGAAAUAGAACGGUAUUGCAAAAAGUAGUAGAGAAUAUAAGAAGAAAAAGAUUUUAGACCCAGCUAGUAUUUUGGUGCAAUAUAGGUUGAGUAACUUGAAGAUGGAAUAGAUGAUUCUAGGAUUGAUGAUCUAUUUUUGAAUUGCUUUGGCAUAAAGCCGAAUCCUAAAAAGAAAAAGGAACUUAAAAAGAAGGAAAAUAUCUAGCCACUUCAAACUCAAUUGCAACAACAAUAAUUAGUUAUCAAACCUUAAAAUUCUUAAAAGUAGCCUAUUCAAAGUUCCUACAGUCCAUAGUUGCCAACUACAUAACUUAUUCCAAAAAUAAAUUCAAACGUCCCGGGUCCACAAUAAAACAAUGAUCAAUCUUGCAAGAUAAUUCUAAAUAUAUUCAACUAAUUCUAGAUUAUGAGUUAAGAGGGUUCAUAAAAAGAUUCUAACGGAAUGAAUAAGUAUAGCCAAGAUGCUUAGCCAUAAGAAGAUGAUUUUGCAACAGUUCUAAAAGAAAAGCCGAAGAAUCAAAGUUCACAAAAUUCCUGUUAGGUACUCCAUCAAGAGCAAUAAAAUUAUUCACUCAAACCCAAUCAUAACAGCUAAAUACAAUAAGAUAAUCUAAAAAAAUACAUGUCUCCUGAUGAAAUAAGCAAACUGAAGCACAAAAAAAUUGGCUCAGACAAUAUAGAAAAUAAUGAUUUUUAGAAAUGCUGCUAUAAAACUGAUGAUAAUAGACCUCAAUUGUAAGGACUUGGUGCUAAGGGUCAUACUAAGAGCUACUAAACUUAAAUUAACUCUCCUCAAAGUAUUGGAAAUAUUAAUAGGCAUCUGUAUAAUCAAUCCAUCACAAGUUCUGCUAACAUUGUAGGAAUUAACUCAUCCAUCAAUAGUCUAACUCAUCAAUCAUCUCAUGGAAAUCUUACUCUUAAUAGCAAUCCCUCAAAGAUUAAACAUCAAAGUAAUCUAUCAUUAAACAAGCAAGCUUAUAAGAGUAUACUGUAUAAGCAUCAGAACCCAAAUUUCCACUCUAUUAGCAGCAACUCAUCUAUUGAAAAUAAACCCAAAUAAAUGAACAAAUUAUCUUAUCUCGUUGCUAAAUAACUUCCAGAUAACAUCCAAUUGUAGUAAUAAUAGUAACUAUAAUAAUAAUACUCUGCUUAAGAAACAGGAUGCCAUACGAGAAUGAAUAGCAAUUCAAGUACUAUUGGUGCUCCUAAACCUCAAUAAAAUUACUCCUAAUAAAUUAAUCAAAAGAUGGCUAGAAAUUCGAAGGAAGGGCAAUAACCCUACAACUAUGUGCCUCAUUAUGAUUAGAAUGAUCUUUGUGAACAUUCUCCUUAAGUUUCUCCAAAACAAACCUUAUUAUAGCUACAUAGCAACUAAUAGCCAUCAUCUCAAACUAAUCAUUUUAAGCUAAACUCUCAAACAUUUACGAUGUAACAUGCAAAUUAGACAUUCCAAACUGGUUAGCACCCUCUACAGUAAUCUAUCUCCAAAGAACAUCAUGAUUAUAAUCCUAAGACAUUAGUAUAGUAAUCAAUAGAAAAUUUUAAAAAGUCAAAGCAAAGUGUGUAACAAAUGACUCAUCAUUCUGUUAUUGGCUUAGAUGGAUCAAAUUCUUAGAGAGGUAAAACAUCCAGAACACUCGGAAGAAAUCAAAGCUAGAAUCUUUUCAAAUCUUCUCACACCAUCAAUAGCGUUUAAUCCUUCUUGAUGUCUUCAGGCGAUUUGUAAAAAGGCAUUUGCAAAGAUAGCCUUGGAAGUGAUGGUAUUAACAAUAAUAAUGGCAAUCAAAAUUAUGCUGUUGAAUAAGAUGAAAUAUCUAUUUCACCAUAGAUUUUUACUUCUAAGUAUGAUCAAGGAUUCUCAAAUAAUAACACUUCAAGGCCUUAGACUUCAAUAAACUCAAAUUUCUCUUUAGCCACAGGUAUAAAUCAAUAUGUCAACAAUGCUCAUAAUUUAGGAAAGCCACCCUCUAAAUUAAGCAAGGGAUUCUUGAGUCAUAAUUCAAGUGCAAAGAAUCUUAAAAUCCAAAAGAAUAAUAUGACCUUAUAAACAGCCUAAAAUAGUUCGAGAAAGAAUAAUCACAAUCAACAUCAUCAAACUUCAAUAUAAUCUGACUUUAUAUCUCAACCUUAGUCAACCAGGCAUGUUCCAUCUGGAUAAUUUAAAUUUGGCAAAAAUGAUAUGGACAGCCACUCAAAGGACAGAGAAAAGAGUCAAGCUAAGUCUAUAGACAGACAAAAAAUUAAAACUAGUUUACUUCAGCAAUAAUAUGACUAAGAUUUAGCAUCUUUGGAUAGAAAGAGGUAGCUUUAUAAGAACCAGAAGUCGUCUCACUAGGCAAGCGAUGUUAAUAAAUUCUACUCAGGUAAUCAUAAAGUUGGUGAUAAAAAGCACUCAAAUGUUGGAAGAAAUCAGAGUGGCAUAUCAAAAGGAAAAAGUGCGGCACUGGCUCAAGAUUUCUUAAACCCCAGUGUCAAAAGAACUGAUGAAAAUAGCAAACCUGAGUCAGCUACAAGGACAGUCCUGAAGAUUAAUAAGUCUUUAGAGAAGAUAUCUCAAAUUACCAAAAACUUCAACAAUGCCAUCAGUAAUAGCAAUAUGAAUGGAGGUGUAUCCUCAAUCGUCUCAUCACCAACUAACUAAUUUUCCAUCAAAUAACUAAAUCAUCCUCAAAGUACCAAAAAUGCUAAAGACAAGUAAAAAAUAAAUGAGAUGCUGGCUCAUAUGAGUAGUUAUCAGAGUUAUAUGAAAAAGACGAAGAAUGAUCCUAAAGAUGAUCUAAAGAGUCUCAAAAGUCAUAAAGCUAGUGUACAGCAACAUCAAAUCAUCUAAAAUAACUCGAAAAAUAGAAAACAAGAGGCUCAAAUAUCAGCCAUAGACUUUAGCUAAUUCUCAAAGAAAACUGCUGAGACUUAUAAAAGAUACCUCACGAGUGGAUAAUCCACCCAAAACCAACUUAAUUCAUUUAAGUGA